AUGCUCACUCAAUCGUCCCGCCUCAUAAAAUCAACAACAAUACGGAGACUGGGAUUUUCUCCUGUACAAUCUCAAAUACAGCCAAGAGCCUCGUUUCAUUCUUCCCGCAAUUACCUCUUUAACAGGACCGCGAUAAUGGCCAAGGAGUUCCUCUGCAUCCUCCCUGAUAAACCUGGCGUCCACGCGAAGAGGAUGGAGGUCAGGUCACAACACCUGGAGAACAUUAAGCCCCUUGUUGACGCGGGGAAGGUAGUGGUCGGCGGCGCAAUGCUCAACACCCAUCCAUCCGAAGGCGAGACGCCCUCAUUCAAGGGAAGCAUGCUCAUCUACACCGUUGAGAAGGAAGAAGAAGCGUGGGAGCUCAUCCGGAAUGACAUCUAUGUGAAGUCCGGCGUUUGGGAUGUGGAUGCUGCGCAGGUUAUCCCGUUCAAGUCUGCGGUUAGGAUUGCGGCGUAG